UACUAAUACGCGCAUAACCAGCUCUGUUACCAGCAGGAUUUCCACACUUCUAGUAGCCAAUCCGAUGACUCCACUUUAUUUGUCUAACCUUACAACUUUCUUCAACACCCCAACAUCAUCAUCAUCAUCGACAACAAUUCGUCUUAUUCUACUUCACCAAAAAAUAUUACAACAUAAUAAUAAUAAUGAGAAUGGCUGCCAUAGGCGCCUUCCAAUAUUUCAAUGAUCUCCCUAAAGAACUUCGUAUGUUGAUCUGGGAGUACCACUUUGAGAGCGCCCGUAUCCACGUUGUCCAUCCCGCUCCGGAGAGUCAGAACCGAAAUCCAAAGAGGGAAGCACUACUAUUCAAUUGCACCGUCCUGGACUCCGCAACGAACCUCAUCAUUCUAGAUGGUCGACCUCCGUCUUCCCUCAUAAACCGCGAGGCCCAUGCCGUCGCCCUCUCACGCAAGCGCGUAUGGACCCCAGUCCGAUUCGGCAAGGAUCUCGCUGAGUCCGUCACUUCGGGCCGUGCUCGCGUGCCGAUACACUUCACCCUUGUCGCAUCUUCCACCAUGACGCUUCCGGAGCACAACGAAACAUGUACGCAAGCACCCCCCGUAUAUGUUGACUGGGAUAGCGACAUGCUCUACCUCUGUGUGUCACAUGCCGAGCAGGCAUUUUGGUCGAUGCGCUCUGUACCAUGGCGUGACCGAGUGCGAAAGCUAGCUGUUCUGGUUCCACAAAGCGAGUUUGAUAGGGCAAUCCCUUUCGGGCCUACGGAUCCCAUCCGCGAAGUUCUCGAGUUUAUGACGGAGCUGGAGGAACUUUACAUCGUAUUGGUUCCGGAUGCUGCCUAUGUCGCCGCUGCGACGAUACCCAGCCUUUCGCGAGAUACAUUUGGAUUUGUCCCCUACGUCGAAUACCUGAGCGCUGCCGGCUUGGCAAGUAAUCACAUUCUUUAUACACGCACUGCUAUGUCAUUCGGGGAGGCAAUUAACGGUAUGCACCGGAAAAUCAUACUAAGAAGGGUCGUCGACGUGGAUUAUCGCGCUUGCGGUUUCGGUUACUAUCGGCGAACUCCGAGUCCGCCGGUGGUGGUGAAUGGUGAUCGCUUCAGCUAGUUACCACGCACACUGUGCAUCACCUCCUAGCAUGCUCAUGACAACACCAGUUCAGCAAACUCAGUCGCCCAUAUGUUAGUAGAUGGAGAUUCUUCGGGUGCACCAUUAUGAGGCUAUAUGUCUAUGAGCACCAGCGCUGUGUUAUUGCUUAGGGAUUAUUAUGGUACUGCGAUUGCGGGUGCUAUAUACUAGUAGAUCUUCGAAAAAGUCCCCGCGGAGGAUCUCGGUAUUAGGAGAUGCGUAGCGAACCCAUAAGGAUUAGUGAGCACAUUUUACCCCUAAUUCUCGAAAUUUGGCCAUCUGCUACGAGUGUUAUGCAGUUCCCUGAGAUUCUUUCAGCCGACAACGUAUGAAAUCCAGCAUAUCGCAUAACGUAUAUUCAUGGAGUCAUUUGAAAGAUUAUCGACACCCAAUUUCAUAUUGCAUACUGGAUCCGUUAAUUCUCACGAAUAGCUGAGAGCGUCGAGAUCGAGUCUCCGC